AUGGCCUAUCAAGUGCCACCUCUUCGUCAUGAAGGGAGCCCACGUAGCAACAAGGAGCCAAUGUCAUGGCUAGAAGAGUACCUGGAAGGAAAGGAUGAAAUCCUUUUGUACAUUACAGCUGCUCUAGGAGUGAUAAUGCCGGGACUUGUCUAUCUACUAUAUCACUAUUGUCAUUCCUACUAUGAGAAAUACGCAAAAAAGAAAGAAGCACAACAAUUGGCUGAAGAGCUCGCACAGUCAGAAGCCGUCGUCAUAGCUCUUGGAAAAGAGGAUGGAACUGCGUCUCCGUGGGCAACCGUUAUCCACGAAAAACUCAGCGAAGAAAUGGUUCGGCAGCCGAAGCUUUGGUGGUCCGAUUCUCUCAACGUCAAGGAUUUGAUGGAAUUCAAAGGAUUCUGUAUAUUCAUCGCCGAGACUACGGCUGGUGGACAGCCAAUCCCCUCGUCUGAAUGGUUUUUGGAGUGGCUGGAAGACUUGGCGGCCGAUUCGAAGCUUCGAAAAAAGGCGAAUUUCGAGAAGAUUCGAUUCUCGAUUAUUGGAUUUGGUAGCAGUGAUGACGGACCAGCUGCAUUUAAUAAAGUUGCUCGCACACUUCUCAAGCGUUUGAAAAUUCUGGGAUCAAAACAAAUCACCGAAGUGGAACUUUUCAACACAGCUGAUACAGGUGAUAAAAUUAUGGAAAGAUUCGUGGAAUUCUCGUUUGAAUUGCUUUGUCAAAUGGAUAAAAAUCUUCCGGGAAGAAGUGGAGAUACCGAUUCAGAAGGGCCAGCUGCUUCUGGAUCUGAGAGUGAUUCGAACGAUGAAGAGGCAGAGGAGGACAAGAAAACUAAAUAA